UCGAAGUCGUUUGACCAAGGAAUAAGAGAACACACUGUACAGGAGGGUCAGGCAGUUGUAAACAUUAGGGAUUGCAAAACAGCAAGCAACUGUGGAACAGUGGCAAGAUUAACCUGCCGCAGAAUGCUUUACCUGACCUGUUCCUCAAAACUGGCCACUCUGAGAAGACUCCUGGUCAGCAGCUUUCCAGAGUCACUGAAGGUGUGCGGGGCGUUGCAUCAUGUCAUCCAUGAUAACCCUUUCAGGCUACAGAUUCUGGUGGAUCAGUGGCCAGAGUUUACUUCUGUCAUAUGUCGCCCCCCAAUGGAGGAAAUGACAGAUCCCUUGGAUCCUUACACCAAUACAUAUUUUCUCUUCAGUAAAGACCCACAGAGCCUGCACCAGAUGCUGCACGAUCCCCAGACUGUAAACUGGAAGCAGGAGAUACAGAUACAAGGUUGCCAGCCAGAGUUGGGGAAGGUGCUUCAAGAGGUUAGUUCCACUUAUGGAAGCAAAAUGCAUACAAUAAGUAACCUGUUAUACAUGAGGGAUGGCAUUGAGGAAGAGGAACUGAAGAACUGCACAAUAAGUGAAUUGCAGUUCUCUACGCUCCGCCCUGAUGAAGCACGCUAUGUUAAUGCAUCUUGGGCAUUUGGUGGCAAUAAACGUAGUGAACGCUAUGUGGAACGAUGCAUCCAGAGAUUCCCCACUGUGUGUGCCAGGAAAGGAGGUGCGGGACAGCCUGUUGCGUGGUUAUUGAGUGAACAGUCUUCAGAGCUGCGUAUGGGAUACACAGACAAAUGCUACAGGAAUCGAGGAAUGUUUCGUACCAUGAUAACCAGGCUUUCUACUGUAGUGUAUUCUAAGGGAGCCCCACUCUACUGCCAUGUGGCUCCAGACAAUAAGAUUAGUCAAGCGGCUACUCUGGCAGCAGGAUUCCCACUAGCAGGCAGGUGGCAACAGUGGAAGUUCCAGCCGUUGUGAUAUCCCUUGUUCUUUAUAUUUCUCAUCAAAUACCUCUGAUCCUUUAGUAAGUAUUAUGGCAGAAACUGGAUUUAUUUGAAGUGACUUACAAUAAACAUAAAUCUUUUAAAAUGUAUAUGUUCCCUUUGAGUUAAAGUGUAGCCCACAGUAUGCCUCAGUGAGCAGAAGGAAGUGGCCUGAAUGUGUCAGUCAUUAUGAAUGUCAACAUAGUGAUUGUCACCUUAGUGUCAACAUACUAUAAAGACAAACACUGACUGCAUCAAUAAGCCCCCGGCUGGGUUAGAGCUGCUAUUGACUCCAUAUGCCCUCUCAGUCUGUUUUCAGUGAUAUUGAAGUACAUACUUCACUGACCAUAUGGACCUAGUUCUUCAUCUUCCUCAUCCUCAUUACUAUUAUCAUCAUCAUCAUCAUCAUCAUCAUCAAUUAUCAUCAUCAAUGUUUGUUCAUAAGGCUUCACCAAUCUGUAGAGUGCUGGAUAUAUGGUAUAACAAAUUAUAUAAACCAUAGGAACAAGAGGAAAUUAUCCCAUUUUCUGCCUAACCCUAAUCUAUCCGCCCCGCUGCAGCCUAAUCCUAAUGCCCCCUCCCCCUCCACACAGCCUCAACCUAAUCUCACCCCCCACAAUCUGAUCCUAAACCGCUGCAGCGUACUUAUGGUCGGGAUGCUGGCGGCGGUAUUGUGUUCCACAGCGGCGGAUCCAGAUGAAAAUGAAGGGGGGGCCACCAUGAUAGAGUAACGGUAAUAGUUAUAUUUACAUGCACCUAAGGCGCGCGUGCUCCCAGAUAAGAGGAGUGGUAUCACAGGGGACGUGGCGUCACAGAAUAUGCCAUCAGGUAAUGAUUGGCUGUAGGAGCGCAUCCUGGUUUAUUGCCAAUGUUUCACCCUGAUGAAAAGGCUGAUUGGGCCUUAAAAUGUUGGUCACCUGUUCCAUUAGUUAUGGGAGCCUGGAAGGCACCCCAGCACAAUAUAAUUAUUAUAGGUUUUAGUUGGUGGUGGCAGGUGCAGCAUACAUUGUUUUGGGCACUGCACGGAGACUCAGACUGCAGAACACGAACUGCCCAUCUUUGAUUAGCAGAAGCAGCCAGUUGGAUCUCCAACAAGCAACAUAAGACAUCUGCAGGACAGCCCUGUCACAAUCACACGGGCCGCCUUCUCAAAGCUGAGGCUGAGUUUGACUGCACCUAGCAUGGUGGUAAAGGAAGUGGAGGAGGAAGUGCUGGGAAACUGUGCGGCGCAGUGAGGGCUAAUGAAGCCUUCUGCGCUGUCAUAUGUAUCAGUCUUACUCGAUGCUGGCAUUUGAACCCCGCACCUGGGCUGGACUCUGGCCAGCUGGCAGUUGGGGAGGUAGGUUGCUGUGUGAGCAGGGGGAGGCUGUAGCUGCAGCUCCAGCAUCCCCAUUGGUUACCACAUGGACUUGCUGUUAGAGCAGUGGCGGGUCCUAGUGCCUGCUGACUCUUUUAUUAAAUCUGACUGACGGAAAUAGCAGUAGUGCUGCUGCUGUUCUCCUUUUGAAAAAAAAGAAGUCAGAAACAAUAGGGGGGGCACGGGCCCGAGUGCCCGUCUCCCCCCCUGGAUCCGCCUAUGGUGAUCCAUGUCGGGAUCCCGACGUUGGUAUUCUGACUGCUGGCAUCCCAAAUGCCGGUAUGGUGACCAAAUGCUCCAAGCAGUUCAAACCAAACAGACAUUUAUAAAAUAUACCUUUUGGGUGCACUAUAAUAAUUCCUAUAUUGGUCACAGCCAGGUUAUUACUCAUAGGACAGAGAGCACCACAUACCCAGGGCACACAGUAUGCAUAUACUCGUGACAUGUGACUUUGAGGAAUCGCCAUAACCCAUGGCAAUGCCAUUCCAGGUAAAGCAUUGAUGGAUUUGUUGAUUUUAUUAUUGUUCUGAAUUUUAGUAUAAUGAAAGUAAAAUAAUGGCAUAGAACUAGCAAAAGAGCAAGCAUUCCAAAUGUGAGUUUACAAACGCAAUGGCAAACUUUUCAAAGCAACAGAUCACAGGCCCACAAGGCCAGUGCAAGGAAACUCAGAUUGAGUAUUUAUGUAGUUAUAGGAUUGAUUGAUUGAUUGAUUGAUUGAUUGAUUGAUUGAUUGAUUCACUCAUUCAGCUAAAAUUCAGAACUACAGUAUAAAGAAAAGCAAAUCCGAGACAUGGAACUAUUAAAAACUAGCAUCCAUAUAGUGCUCUUUAGCACUGUAUUAUCUAAAAUGAGUGACCUGAAAAUGAUAGUUACUGUACUUGCUAAUUAUAAGCCAAUUUAUUUAUAAACUGAUCCAAUCAGCAAAUCAUAGGACUCAAGAGUCUUGAAAAUUCAAGAAAUUUGAUAAAGACAGAGUGACACCCUAGUCCAAGUUGAUAGCUACUAGGCCUCAAGAGUCAGGACAAUACAAGUGAUUCAAUCAAGACAGAGCAACAGCCUAAUCCAAGUAGAUAGCUAAUAGAAGUAAAUUUCUUCACAAACUGUUUCAAGCAGCAAAUCACAGGCCUUCAAAUCACAGCCUAGUACAAGUUGAUAGCUACUAGGCCUUAAGAGUCAGGACGAUUAGUGAUUCUCAAUCAAUGCAGAGUCAAAGCCUACAGUAGUCCACGUUAAUAGCUACUAAGCCUAAAGAGUCAGGACAAUACAAGAGAUUCAGUCAUACUGAGUCACAGCCUAAUCCAAUUUGAAAGCUACUAGGCCUAAAGAGCCAGGAUAAUACAAAAGAUUGAAGGCAGAGUAAUAGUCUAGUCAAGCAUGAUAGGAAUAUUGAUAAUAUAUUAAUAUGAUACAAUAAUGUGAUACAAGUACUAUUAUAGUUUAUAAUACACUGCCUGUCAACCACACACAAGAAAGAAUGGUAAGAUGGAUGAGCUGGUGAUGGAUGGCCUAUCAAGAGACAGAAGACCAUAAACAAUGCUCCCAUAAAGAACAGCCCAUUAUGAAAAGUGGUGCACUAUGGAGUUGUCUUUGGGCCCUCCUACCCUUAUUUUGUUUAUUAAAAAGGACUUGCACAGUUUAACAAACCAACCACUUCAGCGACGUGCACAGUUUAACAAACCAACCACUUCAGCAACAGGAACUGACACCUUUGUAACAGAGGAGCUUGGUUUGUUUGAGCCCCCACCAAGGACAACAUCUUGGUGGUUUAGCCAAACCGAGCUAAAAAAUGGGCUUAAGGUGGCUAACAGUGUUGUUUUAUAAUUACCAACCUCAUCAUCGCAAUCCUCACUGUUGUUAAUAUCAUCAUAACAAAAUAUUAGCUCAUGCUCACUGGAAUCCAUCAUUACAGAAGUCUCUUUUAGUUGUAACUGUUGGAAAAGAAUUUGUAGUACAUUUUGAUGAACAUCAGUUUUUCCAGAUUUUUUGGAAGUAGCCUCCUACUCCAAUUGCUCACAAGGUUCCCAGCUAUGUUAAAAAAUCUAUAUGGUACACACUUGAGGGUGAGCAGCUUAAGUAUACCAAAACAAUUUUGUACAAGGGGCUCCAAAUUUCCUCCCAGUAUUCAAAAGGAAUGUCUGACAUGCUAAUUUGUACAUUAUCAUUAAAGUAAUUCUCCACCA